AUGUGGUUGUGGGGGUCAUUAAUCAUCUUUGCUCUCGAACUCGCACCAGUAAUACUCUUUUCAAAGCGUAACAGUGGCGUCGACGUUCACUCCUCCAACAAUGGGGAAGCAAACGUCGACUACAGUGCUCCUGCAAGUCCUUCUCCUAUUGCAACUGAGUCUUGCUCAGCAUUAGGCAAUUUUGCUGUUGUUCUUCAAACAACUCUGUGGUUUAAACUGUCUCUGAUUGUAACAGUUCUAUUAGCAUUGGCAUACACAAUUUUGUGCAUUCUGGCAUUUGUUAGAAAUACCCAGUUGGAAGAUAAGCUAGUUGAUGGACUGUUUUGGUUGAUUCAAGCAAUAACUCAUGUAACAAUUACAAUAUUGAUUGUCCAUGAGAGGAGAUUCCAAGCUGUUUCUCAUCCUUUGCCGCUUCGAAUUUAUUGUGUUGCAAAUUUCAUCAUCAUUUCUCUGUUCAGUGUUUCCGGGGUCAUUCCUGUAAUCUCUAUAGAAGAACUUGAUUUUGUUUUGAGACUGGAUGAUAUAAUUUCAUUCAUUUCUUUUCUGUUAUCGAUUGUACUCCUUAUGGUUGGCAUAAAAGGAUCAACCGGGAUUACUAUGAGGAGCGAAUCCGAUUCAGUUAUGGAUGUAGAACCUGAAUUAUAUGAACCCCUAUUGAAUGGAUGCAAUGUGGGUGGCUUUGCUAAGUCUUCUAUCAUUUCCAAAGCUUUUUGGCUAUGGAUGAAUCCCUUACUGAGUAAAGGCUAUAAAUCUCCUCUCAUGUCUGAUGAUAUCCCGGCCCUUUCGCCAGAACAUAGAGCUGAAAGAAUGUCUGCACUCUUCAAAUUGAACUGGCCGAAGCCUCAUGAAAAAUCGAAGCACCCUGUUCGAACCACGCUGCUUCGGUGCUUCUGGAGGGAAAUCGCUUUCACUGCCUUCCUUGCAAUUGUGCGUGUUUGUGUCGUGUAUGUUGGGCCUGUUCUUAUUCAGGGUUUUGUUGAUUUCACCUCGGGGAAGGGGAGCUCCCCCUAUGAAGGAUACUACCUUGUUUUCACUCUCCUCAUUGCUAAAUUUGUGGAAGUUUUGACCUCUCACCAAUUCAACUUCAAUUCUCAAAAGCUUGGAAUGCUCAUUCCAUCUGCCCUCAUUACUUCUUUGUACAAGAAGGGCAUGAGGAUGCCAUGUUCGGCUAGACAGGCUCAUGGGGUUGGACAAAUUGUAACUUACAUGGCUGUCGAUGCUCAGCAGCUCUCUGAUAUGAUGCUGCAGCUACAUGCUGUAUGGCUUAUGCCACUGCAAGUUUCUGUUGCCCUAAUACUUCUGUCUCGCUGCCUUGGUACCUCAACAAUUACAGCUCUAGUGGGGCUUGUAGUGGUUAUGUUGUUCGUUUUGAUGGGCACUCGAAGGAAAAACUGGUUCCAACACAAUGUGAUGAAAAACCGGGACUCUAGAAUGAAGGCGCCAAAUGAGAUGCUUAAUUACAUGCGCGUAAUUAAGUUCCAGGCAUGGGAAGAGUACUUCAACAAACGAAUUCAAUCUUUUCGCGAAUCAGAAUUUGGGUGGCUAACCAAGUUCAUGUACUCAAUAUCUAGCAAUAUCAUGUACUCAAUCUUAUAGAACUAUUAAUGUUGGUGUCACGUAGAAUGGUGUGGAGGUAAUACAAUGGAGAAUUUGGAUCAUCUAUAGUGCACUUCCUAUAGUUUAUUAGUUUGUAGUGCUUUUAAAAUAAAAGAGCAAAGUUAAAAACGAGACAUUGGUUUUGUUUUUAUUUAUUUAUGUGGCAUAUUGUUAUUAAAAACACCACAGAUUACAUUAUAGAAAGUGCAUAAUAGAGAUACACUAGAGAGAAUUUAAAUUCUUACAAAUAUAGCCAAUCAAAAUAAAGUUUAAUGUCCUAGCAUAAAGAAACUAACAUUCUUAAAUGUUUCAAUAGCUCAAUCUAACAAAAUCAAAGAUCAAUCUAACAAAAUCAAAGAUCGAAAUUGACAUGUGAAUGUUUUUGUCUUCUAUUGUUUUCCUUUCGUUGUAUCAUGAAUUUGAUUUCCAUGCCCAACAAAAAAACAAAUAUGCCAAUGUCCCCUUCUGCCUCUAAUGGUGCAUUGAGAAUACUAUCACCUCGAGUCAAGACUCGAAACUUUUCUUUGGACGUGAACUACAUUUUCCUGUUGAGGGAAGAUAAGUUUGUUUUCUGUAUUGAAUCUAAUAAAAUGAACGAAACCUAAAUUGAACAUUGUUUCUAUUUUGUUGAAGUAAGAAAGGUUAAAAGAAAGACUGAUUGGGACCUAAAUAUUGAAAAUAAAGCAUGCUAGUCAAUUUCAUAUAUACUGAAGCGGCUAAUUUGUGUCUUUCCUUUCCCAAUAUUAUCAGCUGUAGAUGACAUAGCAACAAGACACUAAGAAUGGCCCAAAAAAAUGUGUAGAUACAAAGCCUGCAAUUUGUAGAAUUUCCAUUUCCAAAAACAAGUCUAAAAAUCACCUCACUGUACAAACAAACAAUUGCUAUGACUCAUGCAUAAGGGAGAGCACUUAACAACAAAAAUUAUGCAUCCAACGAGAAUUUGACAAACUUCAAAAUAUAGAUUAAAAAAAAAGUAGACAACAACAUUAAUAUAGCGAUAACGCAAUCAACAGCAGCUGAUAACGCAGUCACCUUCAACGCUACUUCACCCACCAAACCAAACGUCAAUAAAAAAAAAUUGAAGAUAAUAAGAGCAGAAUAUAAACCAAUAUGCAAUAGCCAAUAUCAAACCACAUCUUUCUUUAUUGAAGUUCAAAGCUAAUUUGUAAAGACAGAUAAUUGAAAUAACAACAUCAACAAUAAGUAAAGCAAUAAAUCCAUUAAAAUGAGGAAACUCAACUAUAACAAUAUAUAUCUGGUAA